GCUGGCGGAUCGGUCCUCGCUCGGUGUGGGGAUGCGAUCUGCAGCAAUGGCGCUCGCCGUUCGAGUCGUGUAUUGUGGAGCUUGAGGCUACAAGCCCAAGUAUCUCCAGCUCAAGGAGAAGCUAGAACAUGAGUUCCCCGGAUGCCUGGACAUCUGUGGCGAGGGGACUCCCCAGGUCACCGGGUUCUUUGAAGUGACAGUAGCCGGGAAGUUGGUUCACUCCAAGAAGAGAGGUGACGGCUAUGUAGAUACAGAAAGCAAGUUUCGGAAACUGGUGACCGCCAUCAAAGCUGCCCUGGCUCAGUGCCAGUGAGCCCUGGAGGCAGGGUCCUGAGACCUCCUGGCAGCCGCCUUAUGACAGGAAGGACUGAAAUGUCUUGAAGACCUGUGGUCUUUCCUCGAUGUUCCUGCGGCCACCAAGUCAGGCCAGAGAGUGCCUCUGUGAGGGCGUGUGCGUCCCAGCAUCCCGGAGUCCACCCGUGCAUGCCCAUCUGCCCUCUUCCUCGCCUCUCCCUGAAUUCCUCCAUGUCUCCCAUCCGUUUACCUGCCCUGGUUUCCCUUUUCCACCUCAGACUGCAAGAAGAUAAGCAGCCAUGUUGCCAACAGUUCCCAGUUGAAUAAAAGUUAGAUGAGGCAACUUAA